CGCCCUGGCCUUGAGCAGGGAACGAGCCUCUCACCAUGCCGGCCUGCUGCAGCUGGAGUGAGGUUUUCCAGUAUGAGACAAACAAAGUCACCCGGAUCCAGAGCGUGAAUUAUGGCACUAUUAAGUGGAUCUUGCAUGUGAUCAUCUUUUCCUAUGUGUGUUUCGCUUUGGUGAGUGACAAGCUGUACCAGCGGAAAGAGCCUGUCAUCAGCUCUGUGCACACCAAGGUGAAAGGGAUAGCAGAGGUGACGGCAGAAGUCGUGGAGAACGGGGUGAAGCGCUCAGUGCAGAGCGUCUUCGACACUGCGGAUUACACCUUCCCUUUGCAGGGGAACUCCUUCUUUGUGAUGACAAACUUUCUUAAGACAGAAGGCCAAGAGCAGCGGCUGUGCCCUGAGAAUCCCACUCGCAGGACACUCUGUUCCUCUGACCGGGGUUGUACAAAGGGCUGGAUGGACCCACAAAGCAAAGGGAUCCAGACUGGCAGGUGUAUAGUGUACAAAGGGAACCAGAAGACCUGUGAAGUUGCUGCCUGGUGUCCCACCGAGGCGGUGGAGGAGAAGCCCCCCCGGCCUGCACUUCUGAGCAGCGCUGAAAACUUCACUGUGCUCAUCAAGAACAAUAUUGACUUCCCUGGCCACAACUAUACCACGAGAAACAUCUUGCCAGGGUUGAACAUCAGUUGUACCUUUCACAAGACUCAAAAUCCACAAUGUCCCAUUUUCCGGCUAGGAGACAUCUUCCAGGAAACAGGAGAUAAUUUUUCGGAGGUGGCAAUCCAGGGAGGGAUCAUGGGCAUUGAGAUCUACUGGGACUGCAACCUGGACAGCUGGUCCCAUCGCUGCCGACCCAAAUACAGUUUCCGUCGCCUUGAUGACAAGACCACCAAUGAGUCCCUGUACCCUGGCUACAACUUCAGAUACGCCAAGUACUAUAAGGAAAACAAUGUUGAGAAACGGACUUUGAUAAAAGUCUUUGGGAUCCGUUUUGACAUCCUGGUUUUUGGCACUGGAGGAAAAUUUGACAUUAUCCAGCUGGUUGUGUACGUCGGAUCCACCCUCUCCUACUUUGGUUUGGUAAGAGAUUCUCUUUCCCACACUUUAAGAAAAUGGUUUGGCCAAAAGAAGUUUCACUACCCUGGUGCUUGUCUGGGUUCCCUCCAGGCCACUGUGUUCAUUGACUUUCUCAUCAACACUUACUCGAGCACCUUCUGCCGCUCCCAUGUGUACCCCUGUUGCAAGUGCUGUGAACCCUGCGCGGUCAACGAGUAUUACUACAGGAAGAAGUGUGAGUCCAUCGUGGAGCCAAAGCCGACAUUAAAGUAUGUGUCCUUUGUGGAUGAACCCCACAUUCGGAUGAUAGAUAAGCAGCUACUUGGGAAAAGUCUACAACAUGUCAAGGGCCAAGAAGUCCCAAGACCCCCGAUGGACUUCACAGACCUGACCAAGCUGCCCCUAUCUCUGCACGACCCACCCCCCAUUCCUGGACAACCAGAGGAGAUGCAGCCACUUCGUGAGGAGGCGACUCCUAAAUCCAGAGACAGGCCGAGCUGGUGCCAGUGCGGAAGCUGCCUCCCGUCCCAGCUCCCCGAGAGUCGCAGGUGCCUAGAGGAGCUGUGCUGCCGCAGGAAGCCGGGGGCCUGCAUCACCACCUCCCAGCUGUUCGGGAAACUGGUGCUGUCCAGACAUGCCCUGCAGCUCCUCCUGCUCUACCAGGAGCCCCUGCUGGCCCUGGAGGCAGAGGGCACCAAUGAUCAAUUGCGGCACUGUGCCUAUAGGUGCUACACCACCUGGCGCUUUGGCUCCCAGGAUGUGGCCGACUUCGCCAUCCUGCCCAGCUGCUGCCGCUGGCGGAUCCGAAAAGAGUUCCCCAAGAGUGAAGGGCCAUACAGUGGUUUCAGGAGUCCUUACUGACGGCACAAGGCUGCAGCAGUCACAUUAACAUCACUGCUGCUAACACCUACAGCGUCACCUGCAAAGAUCUGUGGCCAAAUUUUCAGCCAGAGGGAAAUGUGCCUUCCUCUCCCACUGCUCUGCACUGCUCUACCAACCAACCCACCAACCUCCACCUGGCCCCAAAGACCAGUGAUUCAGAUCUAAGUCUCCAUUCUGUCUCUAGGAAGUUGUGUGACACCAGUAGACCUUUAACAUUUGUAUUUCAGUCGCCUUGUCACACAACCUACUAUCUUAGAGCUACUGUGAGGACAGACUGAGAUGGUGUACGUGGACUGUUGUGAGUGUGUAGAGAGCUUUGCGAACACAGAGCACCUCAUCAUGAGGUUGGAUGGGGAUAAUAUCCAACUAGCAAUAAACCCUUGGGGUCCUAGGUGGAGGACCCAGCCAGGAUUAAAGGUGCCCACAAACUGUUUGACACUUACCCCUCGAGAUCCAAGCUUUCUGUCUCCUUUCCUUGAGUCUAGGAAGCUCUGGGGGCUUUAUCAAAUAGUGGACGUGAUGCUGUGUCAAUUUCAAGAUGUCAGUCUUAAAAGAGUAUGGCAGCUUCCACUUCCUGUCCCUUGGAACUCUUGCUGAGGGGGAAGCCAGCCCCAUAUGGAAUCUGACUGUCCUAAGAACACUCUGCUGGAAGCCCAAGCAGCCGCAUGGGGGAGGAAAGUGUCCCCAGCUCAUGCCACACAAGCCCAGUCGCCAAGCCUGGGUGAGAAGCAGCCUUCAGGUGAUUCCAGACCCUACAGACCUGUGCCUGAAACUGCAUGAAACCCCCACGUGAGAAGUGCCCAGUCAACCCAGAGAACCAAGCUGCUGUGUUAAGUCACUAAAUUUUUUUUUUAAUAUUUAUUUUUUAGUAUUUUUAUUUUUUAGUUUUCGGCAGACACAACAUCUUUGUUUGUAUGUGGUGCUGACAGGCAAGCGCGCUACUGCUUGAGCCACAUCCCCAGCCCAAGUCACUAAAUUUUUAGGUUGUUUGUUACACAGCCACAGAUGCCUGGGAACACAGCCAUAGUCCACACCUUCCCUGGUUCUGAGGUUCAUAGGGAGCCCCUUGGGAGUAUAGGUCUCUGUUGGACAGUUCUAAGAAGGCUGCAGACCAAAUCAGGCAACACACCAGCCCAGCCCGGGAAGCCAUCAAAUCCAGCUGUGUGCUACCCAACACAAUGGUCCUAUCACUGGAAAAAGCUGCCUUUGUGCCUUAACAUCCUAGACUCUGCAAUCAGUCAGAAUGAGUGCAGCCGGGAUGCUGCUUUCAAAGCAACCCACGCCCUAAACGUCACCAUUUCUAUACAUCAACCACCAAGGAUAUGAAGACAAAUAGUCAGGUUUGGGGCCUGUCUCAGGAUUUCCUUUCCACGGUUUUGUCAUGACCAUAGGCUAUUUAUUUCUAAACAACUAUUUCAAAGAAUUGUUUAGAAACCACUAUGAAUAGCAUUGAAAUACUAUGACUGGUGAUCUGUGAGUGCUUUUAUACUCCAAGACUUUACAUUUUGAUAUUUUUUGAAAAACCAGCAGCUUUCUACUGUAUUCAUGCAAAAUAGCAUAAAUAAAAACUUUUUUUGAACCAGGGCUUUAUCUGGCUUUAAACUCAGGAAUCAAAUUAAUUGUGCCAGAUUGAAUUUUCCUUUUUGCUACCUUUUCAGGGAUAUUUUUGUAAAGUUAAUUAUAUAUAACUUCAUACUUUUUUUUUUUUUAAUGAUGGGGAUUUGCACAUACUAGGCAAACACUCUGUCACUGAGCUAAACCCCAGCCCAAGAACUGAAAUGUUUUACUCCAAGAAUUCUAUGUAAGAAUUCUAUGUAACAACUGCAGGUUUCCAUUCUGAUGGCCUUUGACUCUUUCUACCUUAUUUUUGGUGCCUUCUUCGCGGUGUGUUUCUAUCACUCUGCUGAGGCCCCAGAUGGAGCCAUAAUUUGGAAUAGCAAAUAAUCACUGGAUCCUUCUGUUUUCCUUCAUCUUCCCCACGGAUGCUCUGGGUGCAACAUGAUGUGCUACUGGACUGUGAAAUGUCUGAACUUCCUACAGUACCUGGGAUCAUAUUAGUAUUUUUAUUUUUAGUCUAUUACAUACAAUAUUGUUGCCAAAGGCAACCGAGCGCAUAUUAGGUAGGCAUUAAUUUGCCUUAAGUGGGGGGCAUUCUUCUAUUAUGGUACACGCACAGCCUUCACCACUUCCCACUUCAUCCUGUGUCAGAGGGAGGAGGUCUGCUUUCCUGCUGUGGACAUGCUGACUUUAUAUAGAACUGAUAAUGGCUGGGCUUUACUCUCUUAAGGGACUUAAACCCUUCCAAAUUCUAGAUUGGUAAUGCAGAUAUUCUUGAUCGUUUUGAUAAUUCAAAAAAAAAAAAGAUGGAUAACUUAUUUAUUUAAACCUUCUUUUUCUGUUUUUUUUUUUCCUUCAGAAUAUCCCCAAAUCAGAGUUAACACAUUCAUUUUCACAUUCACUUAAUAAAAUAUUCAUAAAAAUGUCACUGGAGACCAAUGACAGAUAAGACUGCUGCUCUUAUGGGGAUAUAAAAAGAUGGACAUGAAUAAAAUGAUUCAAGCAAAUGCACAUUUGCAAUUUGUGAUGAGUUAUGAUGAAGAAGGCAAAUGAUCAUUUCAGAGUCUGUAAGAAAAGACUCUAAUGUAUUUGGGGAGAUCAUAAAAAUCCUUCUUGAGGAAAGAACAAAGUUUAGCUAAAAGCUGACAAAAGUACUAUUAACUAGGUGAAUGGGAGGGAGCAUUUUAGGUAGAAAGACUGGCAUGUGCAAAGGUCCCAGGGCAGAAAAGCCAUAGCAGGUUUGCUGCAUUUGAAGAAGACCUAUAUGACUGUACCCUAAAUAGCAUGGGGAGUACAGCAUGAAACAAGGACUUGCAGGCUACGGUAGAGUUGACUGUAUCCAAGGGACAGCCAUGAAGGGUUUUAAGCAGGAGCCUGAUAAAAUCAUAUUUAAUUUUUAAAAGAACUCAGAUUGCUAUGUGAGAAAGAAAUAGGAGUGGUGAUAGAUCUGGUUUAAACAUUCAUUUCAGCCUUUCCCACUUCAUGAAACGUUUGCCCCAAUACGCAGCCAAAUGGACUGAUUGUCUUUUUUCUCUUCCUCUUGGCAAGUCACGAAAAGAUCAGCAGUGAGAGAAAAAGGAGGAAAAGCUUUGGGGAACCUUAAUUUUUAGAAUAUUCCUGUCCCAGCUGGUGGGGAUGAGGUCACUUGCUGAGCUUUAGGCCAGAAGCAGGAGUGGACCAAAUGGAGAGUCCAAGGUCAGUCAGCAGAACCAAUGAGGUGUUCCACCUUGUGGCAGAAGACCUAAAAUCAAGGUCUCAUGUUACACAGUGCCUCAGCACCCAGGAGAACCAGGAGGCCCUAACAAGCCUUCACACAACUCCUCUCCCCAGUCCUCCCUUGGAAAAGGUCACCUUCUCAGCAGCCUGCCUCAUCAAACGGACCAGAUGCAGCUCCUGCUUCUCCCAUGGAACUGUCCCAGCGAACCAAUCACAUCCUCCUGUGGUGAUACCCUGGUGACACAAAGCCUGCUUCCCACUGGCUCUGCUCACUCACUGUGUUCCCAAGUACUCCUACAGGCACGUGUGUCCUCUGAGCUGUGAGUGUGCAUGACUAAUAAAUGGCUGCCAUCUA